AUACAUUCAUUCCAAAAGAACAAUCUUCGGCUAAUAUCAGCAAUACGGCCAAUGCCUCUCGUAGAACGAAUUCUGAUGAUACACCUAAACAGAUCGAAAUUAAUUCUGAUAAUAUAUCUGAUAACACUUCAAAUCCUGAUAUAUGUCAUGAGUCUUCAUCCCAAUAUCCUGUGUCAUCUAUUCGCAAAGAGAGUAAAUCAUUGGAAGAUAAGGUGAUUGAUGAAUUCUUGGAUUUGAUAUAUAAAGAAAAGGUUAGUAAAGAGAUAAUUCAGAAAAUUAGGGAGAAGAAACUUCAGAAACAAGAAUUUUCCUCUAUAUUAGUUGAAGAAUUAUAUAGUAAAAAAAUACAAAAAUUUAUACAAGAAUUAUAUUUGGAACCCAUAUCAGAAGAAUCAAUUAAAGUCAUUAAAAAUAAAGAGCCGAAUAUAUCAGAUCACAAUGAAAAUAACAAACAUAUUGUUAUCGAAUUGGCUCAUUUAUAUCAAAAAGCAAGGAAAGCUAAAAAGAAUACUAUUUAUGUUAAGCAAGAAAAAAUUUUAAGCUGGUAUUAUUAUGCAGAAGAUGAUUUAGCAGAAAGUGAGGUAAGUGCAUCACCUAUAUUUCCAUCUAAUCCAACUCGUGAUUAUGUUUAUUUCCAUAAUAAAAUAUUAAAGCAAUAUCCUAAUUUAUGCCAAGAAGAAGGCAGAUAUAAAAUUGGAUCUUAUAAUCUUAAAUAUGAAUAG